AUGAAAUCUCUUCUACUGCUCCUGUUUUUCGGAGCUUCAGUCACAUUGGCAAAAUCGCCUUUUGAGCAUAAAGCUCUCGAUGAGUUUUCAGAUAAAGAGAGAGAAGAUUUGUUGAGAGAGUCGGCUGAUGAAGAAAACGAUCCGAAACUUAUACUACCGACGAUCUUUCCUGCUGAAGUAAGCCCAAUUUUUUCUACUUUGUGUUUUAAGUAUUGCUGUAUCAGAAGAAGACUAUACCAUCGGCAAAAGCAAUUAUAAGCCUCCCCACUGAUAUCAUCGUUCUUUUAUAUCAGAAAGACUUUUUUAGGGGAUAAAAUGAUUCACAUCAGGUUGAGGCUUAACUUAGUAGGUGACGUAACAACGAGCUUCUUGAGUGUAUUCUGACCUCUGCAUUUGAAGUGGUAAACCUAAUGACACGCGAGUAAAACACCUCUAAAAUCCCUUAAAGGGGUUAUGAAAGUUAUGAAAGCUUAUUUUAUCAUCAACAGAAGUUAUGUAAACUUUCACGGGGAAUUUGUCUGGCGGUCGCCAAGGAUGACUCUUGUAAAAGAUUGGCUUGUUACGAGAAAUAUAAAACCUGCAUGGAGUCAAAGCUACCUUAUCCACGCCCCACGCCAACUCCGAGACAGGUACGUAUGUGAAAUGAACAUACGAAUAAAUAGAUAAUUAGAAAUCUGAAUGAUUGAAUGAUUGUAUGACUAAAUGACUGAAUGAGGGAAUACAUGCUAGGUUUUCACUUAAAUGUAAGACUUUUGUUUCAACCAUGGGAAUAUAAAGCAAGAGGUUGUGGAGCUAUCCGAUAGGCUUCUCUGGUGAACAAUUAUUGUUCCAGAUGGGAGCUUUUUAUAGAACUUUUAGAGAUAGAAGAAGCACAACUUCCUCAGAAAUAUAAAUGAAUUCUAGAAAUCAUAAAUCAUCGUGGGCCGGUGAACUGCCAAAAAAAGGACGUUACCUUAUUGAAAAACUUACCCUCAAAACUUACCAUCGAUUUUAUUCCAUCUACAACUAAUUGAUUUGUGUGAAAAAAAGAAAAAACGUCUUUUUCAACGUAAAAUGAAGUAGACAUUUUUCAAAUAAAGUAUCUUUGCCUAAGUAAAGUUAAAUUUUUUAGAAAAGAACAACGAAUAAUAAGGUGUGUUCUUGUAAUAUUAUUUUAUUUAUUUUUCAGAAAAAGUGUCUCGAUAUUGGUAAGAAAUGCAUGGGCAAACCUGGUAUUGACUGCACCAACAAGUUAUUAUGCAUGGCUGCUGUUAAAAUAUGUCUGGGGGUAAAUAAUCUCCCUGGAGGACCCAGGUACCUUCCCAUUGCUCCAUGGUGAUCAAUCCUCUUGUUUCUCUUGAAACUCGUCACUCUUGGCGCCAAUUAUGGUAAAGAAAGAAUGUGAUGUAGAUGUCAUGGAUAGAUGAAUAAUUUGGAGGAAUAAAGCUGAUUUAAAAGCUGUC